AUGGACGUUUUGGAGGACAAGCUGAAGGGUUUGUCCCUUGCCCAGCGGUCCCAUCAGAACGGGUCCAUCUACCUGCUCCAUGGCGCCCUGCAGCCCGGCGGCUUCCUGGCAGUGUCCUGCUCUGAUCGCACCAUCCGUCUGCAGGACAGGACAACUCUGGACCUGCUGGGGGAGUACCGGGGCCAUGCCGGGCCUCUCUGCGGUCUCACCUUCGCUCACACCUCUUCUGACCUGCUGUACUCCGGCUCCACUGAUGGGACGGUGCGAGCGUGGGACGUGCGGUGCCCCGGGACAGAGGCGGUCCAGAUGUUCAGAGGCGACCCAUCUCACAGUUUCUGCAGCUUGGACCUGAACUGCAGCGACUCACUCCUGUGUGCCGGCACCGAGCAGGUGGACAGAGAGGACAGCUUCCUGGUCUUCUGGGACUGCAGAAAGGCUGGCCGUGGGCUCCUCGGGGUGUUCUCUGAGUCACACAGUGAUGACAUCACACAGGUGCGCUUCCAUCCACAGGACAGGGACCGCCUGGCCUCAGGCUCCACAGACGGCCUGGUGAACGUGUUCGACCUGAGCCAGGGAGGGGAGGAGGAGGCGCUGCUGCUCACCUGUAACAGCGACUCGUCGGCAGGUGUGGUGUGCUGGUCCGGACCGGACUCCACCCAGCUGCUGUGUCUGAGCCACGACGAGGGGCUGCACCUGUGGGAUGUGGAUCAGGUGGACUCGGACCAGCCCCUUACCAUCUUCAGCUGCUCUGACGCUCGCAGGCUGACGCCACUAGCUGAUAAGGGAAGCGUGGAUUACCUGGUGGGGGGGAUGUGGCUGGAAGAGGCUCAGACCCUGCUGGUGGUGGGGGGGAGCAGCAGUGGGGACCUCCACCUGAUGGGCUGCGACAGCGGGGGGCUUAGUCUGCUGAGCAGUUUGGAGGGCGGCCACACCUCCACGGUGCGCUGCUUCUUGUGGGACGCAGCCGGGGGGUCCCUGAUCACCGGGGGUGAGGACGCUCAGCUGUUGCUAUGGAAACCAGGAGGGAAGCAGCUCUUCGAUGGGAAAAGUCAGCCGAUGAAGAUCGAUUCUGCUCUGAAAGUGAAAUCCAGACCUCACAGAAAACACAAAUACCAGAGAGAGAAGAAGUAGGCGUGGCCUGUGGAGGCGGAGCCAAUAUCCGAGUUUUAUUUGACAGGAAACGCAGUCACCGCACGAGCUAAAAGAGUUAACUGUGAGGUUGACUCAUUUUACGAGGUUUUAAUGAAGUGUGUCUUUAGUCCAUGAUCCUUACAGCAGUCUGUGACAGAGAGUGGAACUUAAAUGGGUUCUUCCAGGUCAGUACCAGAACCAGGAGCUGUGGGAUCAGUGAACCUGGCAGGUGACAAACAGACUUUGACAGUUAAAUCAGAAAGCACUGAUUACAUUUUUCAGGUAGAGAGAAGGCAUAUGAUGACAGAACCGGGUCAGACAUACGACCUUCACUCAUCACCCCCAGAAUUUAAAUAUGAGAGUUCAGUAUAAACUUGUUCUGGUCAGUUUGUGCCUCAGCCUCAUGAUGAAGCACAGAAAGAACCAACAUGAAUAAUUUCAUUGUUUUACAAACGACUGCACGUCUGCACCGAGCUGCAGCUGUGAACUUGAAGCCCGAGCUGUUGGUUUCCAUCGUGAGUCUGCAGCCG